GCGCAUCGCCUCCGGGCCGGCCGGCCCCUACAGCCGCCGGGAUGGCUUCCAGCAGCGACCGCCCCUCCCUCCCGGCCGCCUGCUUUUGGGAAGCCGAGCCCAGCCAGCCAGGCAGGGGAAGUGCCGGGGCAGCGCAGAACACCGCCCCGGAGAGAGAAGCGGGGGGAGCCCAGCGCCUUGGCUGCCUCUCUCUCUCUCUCCCGAGCGGACCCCCCAAACCUCCCCUGCUGGCGAGCCCCCUCCCGCAUGAAGCCGACCGCGGCGGGGCUGCGACCACCCGCGGGAGACCCUCCUCAACUCAGUUGAAGGACAGGACUUCGGCGUCAUGCAUUUCAAGCACUGGCUUCCCCAGGUGGGGGUCCAGUACAGCCGAGUGAAGCCCCAAACCCUAGAGGGAGAAGCAGGGGGGCUGCAUCCCUGGCAAGAUACCCGGAUCUCAUGUUGGGGAGAAGCCCACUCUUCAAGAGAAUAUUUCACCUAGACCAGAUUCCGGGGUCCUUGGCAUCUCCACUCAGGAACUUCACCCGUUACCCGGGAAUGUUACAAGAGGCAACAUCUCGGCCCGCUUCCCCCAAGCCAAACCAGAGAGUGCUGAAGAACGUAGCGACUUCUGAAGCCAGCCAGAGACACAAAAGUUUGGCGGAUUGGUUUCGCCGGCAGCCCAACGAGGAGAGGCAGUUUGGACCUUCCUUCGCCCUGGACGCCACCCACGUCGACCCAGUGAUCCGGGAGAGCUCCCUGGAGGAGAUCUUGAAGCCUUCUCCAGACCUGACCAUCCAGAACCAACUCCAAGGUUCUUGCUCUCAUACCAUUGGUCUCCAGAACCUUUUUGACGAGGACCUCUGCGGGCAAGAAGUGAAGAACGUGGUCCUCUACGGGACGGUGGGCACCGGGAAGAGCACCCUCAUCAAGAAGAUGGUGAUGGACUGGUGCCGUGAGCAACUUCCUCUUGAGCUGCUCCUCCCCUUCUCCUGCGAAGACCUUUCCCAGGGCAGCAGCCCCGUGUCUCUGCGCCGCCUGGUGACCAAGAAAUACCUCCAUUUGCGGGGAUGUGGCCCACUGCUUGGCUCCACCAACCUCAAAGUGCUCUUCAUCCUUAAUGGCCUUGACCGCCUCAACCUGAACUUUCGCCUGGCCCGCACUGACCUCUGCUGUGACCCCAAUGAGCCCCUCUUGCCGGCUGCCAUUGUCGUCAACCUCCUCAGGAAGUACAUGAUGCCCGAGGCCGCAUCAUUGUCACCACUCGUCUUCUGCAGCACGCCGGUCCCCAGCAAGUUUGUGGGACGCUACGUUGAAGUCUGUGGCUUCUCGGACCUCAACCUCCAGAAGCUUUACUUCCAGAUGCGCCUACGGCAGCCUGAGUGUGCCGGAACGUCUGGUCCCCCAACAGCAGAGCAGGCCAACGAGCAGGACAACACUGUUGGAGAUGCUCUCCAGGAAUCUGGAGAGCACAACCAGAUCAUGGCUGCCUGCUCUCCGUCUUAUUGCUGGUUGGUCUGCACGACUUUGCACUUCCUUUAUUUUACCAAGGCGGUGCCUCCGACGCAAACGCUGACGGGCAUCUACACCAGCUUCCUACGGCUCAACUUCAGCGGGGAAGUGCUGGACAGCACCGAUCCCUCCAACAUCUCCAUGAUGAAGUACGUGGCCAAGACGGUGGGCAAGUUGGCCUACGAAGGGGUGAUGUCUCGGCAGACUUGCUUCGCGGAGAAGGAUCUCCGCCGCUUUGAGGUGGAGAUGAAGACGGAGAGCGAGCUGAACCUCUUGAACACCUUCCGGAGUGAUGUUCUCCGCUUCUUCUUGACUCCCUGCGUUCAGUCGGGCAAGGAGCACACUUUCGUCUUCACCAUCCCAGCCAUGCAGGAGUACCUGGCUGCCCUUUACUGUGUCUUGGGGGAGAAGAAGACGCUGGUGCAACGGGUGGGCAAGGAAGUCUCCGAGAUCAUCGGGAAGGUCAGCGAAGAUGUGGCCCUGGUGCUUAGCUUGGUCACCAAAUUCUUGCCGCUGCGGAUCCUGCCCCUCCUCUUCAACCUCAUCAAGAUCUUCCCCCGCUACUUCAGCCGGUUCGGUACCAAGGACCGGGACACCAUUGCCCGCACCAUGGCAGUGGAGAUGUUCAAAGAGGAGGACUUCAACGAGGAUGUCCUGGACCAGAUCAACUUCAGCAUCCUUGGGGUGGAAGGUCCCAUGCGCCACCCGGAUGAAGCUUCCGACGAUGGUCUUGAGCUCUUCCCCAUCUUCAUGGGCGGGUUGCUGUCCCGGCGUAACCGGGCCAUCUUGGACCAGCUGGGCUGUCCUAUCAAGAACCUGGCCGCUUUCGAGAUCGCCAAGGCCAUGAAGAAAACGGUCAUCCGGAAUAGCCGCAAGGGCUGCCGCCAUCUGAGCUGUUGGACUACCUCUUCUUUUCUGCACGAGUUCCAGAACGAGCGUUUCACAGCGGAGGCCAUCCAAUCCUUGAGGACCAUCAACCUCUCUUCGGUGAAGAUGACCCCUCUCAAAUGCGCGGUCCUGGCUUCCGUGGUGGGCACCACGAGCCACGACGUCGAGGAGCUCAAUCUUGCCUCUUGCCAUCUCGAUGUGGGCAGCUUGAGGACCCUCUUCCCCAUCUUGCUACGAUGCAAGAAACUCCACUUGCAGCUCAACAGUUUGGGCCCAGAGGCGUGCAAGGAGAUCCGGAAUCUGCUUCUGCACGACAAGUGUGUGGUCGACACCUUGCGGCUUGCAGACAAUCCCUUGACCGAGCAGGGGGCCAUCUACCUUGCUGAAGGCCUGGCUGGCAACAGUUCUUUGAGGAACCUCUCGCUACUUCACACCUCCCUGGGGAACCAGGGUGUGAAGGUGAUCACCCGGCACCUGGCUCAGAACCAGCAUCUGCAGGAGCUUGAUGUGGCCUACAAUUCGUUGACGGAUGAAGCAGCGUUGGCCCUGGUUGAGGAGGCCAAGAAACACCCAACGCUGGAAACCGUGCACUUGUACUUUAACGAGAUCAGCAAAGAAGGCAAGGAAGCCCUCUACGAAUUGAGGAAGAACCAGGAUGGCCUCCGCGUGCUCAUUUACCUGACCAUGGGAGCAGACGUGUCGGACUACUGGGCCAUCAUCCUGAACGUGGUCCAGAAGAACCUGCCCAUCUGGGACAGGGAGCGGGUGAAGCAACAUCUGGGCCUGCUCCUGGAAGACCUUCAGUGCAGCCGCCGAGAGACGGUCAACCCUUGGAAGAAACUCAAGUUCAUGAGAGUGGAGAGCGAGGUCAAGAGGAUGCUGGGCCACAUGCAGAGAGGCGCCCUUUGACCUUUGGUUCUCGGGAGAC